ACAUUUUGUGUUGUGACAUCCACAUUCACUCCCCCCAUAGUGUUUUUCUAUAUAAAUACUGAGGACCACUGCAAGGACUUUACAUCCAGGACAUAGAAGGAGCUGAAAUAUGGCUCCCCUGCAUGCCGGUAUUUCUCUUCUUCUGGUCCUCGGACUGGUGCAGAUUGGCACAGCAUCUUUUUACGAUGGAGUGGAAGAGUUGGACAACAACUUUAUCCUGGAUUCACUCCAGCAAGCAAAGAAACUUGUGGAUGCAGCCUACAAACAUACCCGCCAAGUACUUAAAGAAAGACUGAGAUCAGGCUCUAUCACCCCUUCUGAGGUCAUGUCAUAUUUUAAGCAGCCUGUGGCCUCAAGCAGAAAUCACAUCCGAGCUGCUGACUACAUAGAGACCACCUAUGACCUUCUGACGGAGAAGUUAACAAGUUUUUAUAGCAGACCCUUCAAUAUUUCAGACUUGCUGACAGUAAAUCAACUGGACAUGUUACACAAGGCUUCUGGCUAUGCUUUUCUGCUUCUUCCAAAGAAUUGUGCAAAUGAUCAAUACCGCACCUUCACUGGAGAAUGCAACAACAGGAGAUUUCCCAAUUUUGGAGUUUCCAACAGGCCCUAUACACGAUUGCUAAGAGCCCAGUAUGAAGAUGGAAGAUCCUUACCUCAAGGAUGGACACGGAAUCGACCAAUCAAUGGCUUUGUUUUGCCUCUGGCAAGGGCUGUAUCGAAUGACAUUAUCCAGUUUCCAGAGAGACAGCAGACCCUAGACAGUCAGAGAUCACUUAUGUUCAUGCAGUGGGGUCAGUGGAUUGAUCAUGAUCUUGAUCUGGCACCAGAAACUCCAUCAAGAUCAACCUUUCUAAGAGGCAUUGAUUGUGAGCACAGCUGUGUCCAGGAGCUACCAUGUUUUCCUUUGAGGAUCCCUCCUAAUGACCCUCGAAUAAGAAAUACCUCUGACUGCAUACCACUCUUCCGUUCAUCUCCAGCCAGUGUGCCACAGUCCCCUAUACGUGAACAGAUGAAUAUUCUCACUUCUUACAUCGAUGCCAGUCAAGUGUAUGGCAGCACCAAUGAGUUGGCCAACAAACUUCGUAACAGGCAAAAUCAGCUUGGUCUUAUGGCUGUUAAUAACAGGUUUACUGAUAAUGGGCGGGUCUACUUACCAUUUAGCACCAGCGGGAAUGAAGAAGACUUCUGUCUCCAGACGAAUAAAACCUCUGGUCUCCCAUGUUUCUUAGCUGGGGAUCCUCGAGUCAGUGAGCAGCCUGGUCUGACUGCGUUUCACACAAUCUUCAUCAGAGAACACAACCGCAUUGCCACUGAAUUGCGCAGAUUAAAUCCAAGAUGGUCAGGAGAAACACUCUUCCAGGAAACAAGAAAGAUAAUAGGGGCUUUGACACAGAAAAUAAACUAUAAAGACUGGCUGCCCCUGCUAUUGGGCUCUUCUAUGUCCAAAGUUGUUCCUACUUACCGUCGCUAUGAUGAUUCUGAAAAUCCAGGAGCAUCUAAUGUGUUCAGUCUGAUUUUCCGUAUGGGGCACACAAUGAUCCAGCCAUUCAUUUAUCGACUGGUGGAUCGUUAUCAGACCUCACGAAACCUGCCUGCAGUUCCUCUGCACCUUACCUUCUUCAAUACCUGGAGAGUUGUCCAAGAAGGAGGUGUUGACCCACUUCUUCGUGGUCUAAUGGCAAACCGGGCAAAACUCAACCGACAGAACCAGAUUUUGGUAGAUGAGCUCCGAGAACACCUGUUUGAGCUUUUCAAACGUCUUGGCCUUGAUCUUGGAGCCAUUAAUAUGCAACGAAGCAGGGAUCAUGGACUACCAGGAUACAAUACAUGGAGGAGAUUUUGUGGCCUUUGCGCACCUAGUAAUGUUAAACAACUGGCUACGGUGCUGAGAAACACGGAGCUGGCAAAAAAAUUCAUGCAGCUAUAUGGCACACCUGAAAACAUUGACAUCUGGAUUGGAGCUGUUGCAGAACCUCUGUUGCCUAAUGGGAGAGUGGGCGAACUAUUAGCUUGUUUAAUCGGAAACCAAUUCCGUAGAACCCGGAAUGGAGACAGGUUUUAUUAUGAGCUGCCCAAUCAGUUCACACCAGCUCAAAAAAGUGCAAUAGAAAGAGUUACGAUGUCUCGAAUUAUCUGUGACAACACAGGGAUCACUCAAGUCCCCCGGAAUGUUUUUGUAGCAAACAGCUAUCCGCGGGACUUUGUGGCCUGUUCUCGGAUCCCAGCAUUUGAUUUGAGCCCCUGGAGAAGAAAAAAGAGUGGAUCAGAGCUUGAAGAUUCUGAAGAAGAAGAAUAGGACAGGAAAGACGGUGGUGGCUGUGAAUAAUCUGAAUGAUUUUAUAUCAGUUACAAUACUUUAUACCUCCUAUAAUCUGACUCAUAUUACAUACCGUCUACGUACCUGAAUAUGGGGAAUCUAAAGUAAAAGCUUGCAUUGCUGAGUUACUGCUGAUCAGAGCAAAACUUGAUAUCUUACCUGUACAAUAUAUUUACUUUGUCAUUGCCACAAGCCAAUAAACAUAUUUAAAGGAAAAA